AUGAGUGCUUUGACAACUUCUCCCUGCUGGAAAAUAAACUUCUCUCAGAUCAUUCAACAAAGAAACGAAGAAGAGAGUAAGCCCUUCCAAAGUUUAGUUCAACAAUAUGAGAAUUUAUGCAAUGAAUUGAGAAAGACUAAAAAACUUCACCAAACAACCAAGGAAAAGCUCAACUCAAUUCAAGUAGAAUAUGAACACUACAAGGAGGAAUAUUCUAAAUUAAAAACAACCAACUCACCUGGUGUUCCAUCUCCUUCCGGAGUAAGCUCUGCAAGAGUUAAAGAAUUGGAAGAGAAAGUUUACUGUCUUCAGGAGGAGCUGACAUCUGCUUUCAGAGCCAAGGUCGAAUCUGCUCAAAGCCUUUUAGACUUGAACAAUGAAGUUAAAAGAUUGAAAUCACAAGAACAAGAUCAAAAGUUACAAUACGAAAAGCUCGUAAUUGAACUUGAAAACUUGAAAGAAUCCAACAGAGGACUAGAAGAAAAAUUACAAAAAAAGGAGAGUGCUAUUGAGCUAUUAAAGAGUGAACGCGACACUCUACUUUCCGAACUCAGAGAAAAGGACAAGCAAGUUGAACAGUUGACAGAGGAAAACAAGAAGAUGGUAGAGCGUGUUGUGGAUCAAAAGCAAAAACAAGUCGACGCCAUGAACCAAGUCAACGAAUUAUACAAGAGUUUCAUGCAACAAAAGCAACAAUUACAAUUAUUGCAGGCGAAAUAUAAGACUGGAAGUGUUGAUUUAACUGGUGUGGACGUGGUAGGAACUGUUUCCUCACCAAAUCCAGAGGAAAGGCCUGAAAAGAAAAACGAAAACUCAUUUUUUUCAUUCCUUGAUAAGAUCAGAAAUGUUGGUAACACUUCUCAAAACGCGUCAAGCUCGAACAACCUUCCUAUUUCGAUGAACAUUAGUACAAGCUCAAGCAGCAGCAAUGACCAAACUAAGAUACUCAUCACUCCUCCAAAAACAAUAGUUUCAAAGCAAACCAUAGACACACAAAUUAAUGGUGUCGAUUUUUCUGAUGAUACACACAGUGUUGCAAUUGCAUGUAGCGACAAAACCAUCAGAAUUUUCAAUUCAAAAUCAGGAUCAUUUACUAACGUGCUUCAUGGCUCUACUGAUAGCGUCAUUAAGGUAAAAUUCAGUCUUGUAGGCCAAUUAGCACUUGGAGCAUGUGCUGACUCCAUUUGUAGAAUCUGGAACUUGGGAAAUGACCGUGUAAAACAUACUCUAACAGGUCACACCAAGAAGAUCUAUGGUGCCGACUUUUCUCCAGAUGCCAAAAAAGUAGUGACAGGAGCUCACGAUAGAACAAUCAAAUUUUGGGAACUCCAAUUUGGUACAUGUGAAAAAACUCUUCUUACCUGCAAGUCCAGUGUCAAUGAUGUUGAAGUUUCAAGAGGAGGCGACGUUGUUGCUAGUGCUCACUUUGAUUCAGCUAUAAGAUUGUGGGACAUGAGAACUUACAAGUCCAUUGCUGAAAUUGAGCGAGCUCAUGAUGGCCAACAAGUAACUAGCGUCAGCUUCUCAAAGGAUGGAACCAAAUUACUUUCUAAUGGAAAGGAUAACUUGUUAAAUAUUUAUGACACGAGAAUGUCUAAUAAGGUUUUAGAUACAUUGAAACAUUCUGAUUAUAAGAACACCAUUGUAUAUAAUAAGGCUUGCUUCUCUCCUUGUGGAGAAUAUUGUGCUGCAGGAGGUACCAACGGAAAGAUUUUCAUUUGGUCUUUAACUCCCACUUCCACUAAAGCAAUGGGCUCCUCUUGCUUGGUAGCGAAUGGACAUUCUACUUCUGCAACAGGUGUCGUGUGGAAUCCUGAUGGAUCUCAAAUUGCAAGCUGUGGAUUGGAUAAGACCUUAUUAAUUUAUGAAUAA